AUGUCAUUUGAGAUCGCAAACCGGUCAAAUCAGAUAAGCUUCCUGCCCGUACCAAACCGCCCCGAUGCCCGCCCCGGCACUCGUUUUGGUCCGCCCCGGUCAGUGAUCCGUGGUUGGAUGUUCGAAACGAUCCACGGCGAGGGAGGGCUGUUUCUAAUUGUGUGGACCAGGGUGCAACCUUGA